AUGGAAGUCCCUAGCUCCAAAGAUAGUUCAGUGGCUUCAAGUCCUUUCUCGUCGCCUAAUGUCGGUGCCUUGCUCAAGAUUAGAGUCAUCUCAUGGAGCCAAGAGACUGGUUUGCCUGUCACAAUUCGUGUUCGAGUUGGCGAAAAGACCUUUAACCUGCACAAGCAUCCAUUGUUUUCAAAGAGCGGGUACUUCAAGAAAAUGUUGAAUGACUCGACUGAGCUUGAGCUACCAGAAGACUUCCCUGGAGGACCAGAGACCUUUGAGAUGAUUGCACUCUUCCUCUAUGGCUCCUCCACAUUGAUCGACCCUUUCAACGUGGCAGCUCUCCGCUGCGCGGCUGAGUAUCUCGAAAUGACAGAAGAGUACUGCCACAACAACCUCUGCGAGCGGUUUGAUCUCUAUUUGAACCAAGUAGUCUUGCAGAGUUGGGAUGACACACUAAUAGUCCUCCAAAAGUGUCAAAAACUGCUUCCCUGGUCUGAGGAGCUCUUAAUCGUUAGCCGCUGUAUUGAGUCACUAGCCUUCAUGGCUUGUAUGGAAAUCCUUGAUCCAGAAAGGAGACGCGACCAACCGGUGGUGACAUUGGAGACACUGGCCAGCCAGAGUUGGAAUUCUGAAACUAUGAAGGAAAUAGUGUAUCGUGAACUCUGGAUCAAAGACCUUAUUGCUCUACAGUUCGGAUUCUUCAAACGGAUAAUUGGGUCGUUGCGAAGACAAGGUAUGAAGGAGAGGUAUGUUAGCCCCAUUAUUGUUUUCUAUGCAAACAAAUGGGUGCUGUCCAAGAAAACACGCCAGUUCUGGGAGAACUCGGGCAAAAAGGUUGUGGAUUGCGACAUGAAUCGUAGAAUCCCGAUAAUUCUACAAGGUGUUCUUGAGCUGCUGCCCAUGAGGGAGAAGGCAAGUAGAGUUAUUCCAGUUGGGUUUUACUUUGCACUGCUUUCUAGAUCCCUUAAAGUUGGUUUGAAAGAUGACAGUAAGGCCAAGUUAAAAGAGAAAAUUGCAUCUUUGUUGCAUUUUUCGCAAGUGGAAGACUUUUUGCUUCCAAGUAGUGAAAAAGGAUCUGUUUCUUCUAGUGUGGAGUUGGCUACAAUGGAGAGCAUAAUUUCGAUAUAUCUAUCGUCUAACUUGGAUACAGAUCAUACACUUUCAGCAAGAAAUUCAAUCAUUGCAGAAUUAUGGGAUUCAUAUCUUGCACUUGUAGCUCCUGACCCGGAAAUGGGGCCUAAAAGAUUUAUGGAACUCAUUGAAAAAGUACCAAUAUCAUAUAGACAGAUUCAUGACCAACUCUAUAGGGCCAUGAACACUUUCCUACAGGCACACCCGAACUUAUCCCAAGAAGAGAAGGGGACAGUAUGCAAGUACCUCAACUGCCAAAAACUAUCACAAGAGGCAUGCAUUGAGGCAGUUCAAAACGAAUUGAUGCCGCUUCGUUUGAUUGUCCAGGCACUUUUUGUGCAGCAACGCAACACACACCAAGCUUUCAAAGAAUGUUCGGAUUCCUUUAGAUAUGUACAUUGUGGAGAAUACUCAGGAAGCCUUUCGAGCUCUAGAUGCCAAUACUCCAAAAGCCUGAUUCCGGGUGAGAGCCCAUUGACAGAUGGAGCCGAGCCAAUUAGCAGACCCUUGAGCUUCUUGCUACAGAAAGACGCUGCGAAUCAGGGACCUGAGAUUUCAAGGAAGGAAUAUGAGUCAACAAGCUUCAGAAUUCAGAAUCUAGAGCAAGAGCUCAUGUCGUUGAAGAGGAGCAUCAAAUGGCAGAAUAUUUCAAAGAAAACAGAACAGGUUUCAGGAAAACCGCCUAGUGUGAAACCCUUUGGUAAGGACAGUAGAUCUCUAAACAAAAGGUUGAAUCCGCUUGGACAAGUGACAAGCUGCAUUGGUACUGUAAAUUUUGCCUCGCAAAGAAGAUAUGCCAAUCGGCUACUUAAGGUCUUUCGUCGGAUAACCUUGUUCGGAAGUAGAAAACCAAAUCGAAAGCCAGGUCCCUCUGUCUCAUGGUCCAAGUAG